AUGAACCCUUUCAAGAAAAUCGAUCGACUCACCCCCGAAUCCUCCCUUGACAGUACGGGAUGGGCUACCAAAAUCCUCGACAAAGCCAUGGUGGCCGUCGGCUCCUACGGCGACAAGGCCGUCUACGGGGCCUGUGCAGUGGGGAUGGCCGGUGCCAUUCAUGCCACCGCGGCAGGCGCGAUUGCCUACCAGGUGGUCCAGGGAGUCGGGCAGCUUCGCCAGAUUGCUGGCCAUCUGGACGGGAUCAACAACACUCUGGCGAGGGAUCAUGCCCUUAACGCACCUCCAGCGUUCGCCGACUUCGUCUAUAACAUGGUCAAGAACAUGAUUGGCAGUUCGUCCUCUAGCGCUUGGUACUUUGUGUACCAUCCCGACACGUACUGGACCCAUCAUUUCUCGAAUCAAAUCCGCUCCGAGGGACCACUCGGCAAGCGCUUCAUUGGAAUCUUCCAGGAUCUCGAUAUGGUCGUCAUCUUCAUGCGUGCCAUGAGAACGGCGCUUGCAUCAGACCCCAAAAUGCAAGAGGAUCCCCCACAUUUCAAGCUUCUUAUCCCGGCCUACUAUCCCAUUGUCAUUACCUCGCCUCUUCAGUUCCCCAAGGAUCUGGAGCCCUUCAACCUGUACUGCGACACGCACGACGGACAGCCCUUGGUCUGGAUGAACUUACCUGGGGUCGAGAAAGGAAUACAUGACAAUAUCGGGCUUUACAAGCCGCCGCAGAGCCUCCUCAGCAAGCUCUUCGGCUCGAAACAAAACACAGGCCCGCGAACCUUGGGUACCAUCGGUGAUGUCGACGGAGGAAAGCUGUACGAGCUGACCGAUCGAAACGUCAACAUCGAGCAUCUCGCCGAGCACGAGAGAAAGAAGUAUAACAGAAGAGCCUCUCGCUCAGCCAGCAGUCUGAUAAGAGAGAAUCUUGCCCGACUUGACGAUGACGAACCUCCUCCUUACGACCAACAUUCUUUCUGCAAUGGCAAUAAUCGACCCAUCAACCGGAGAAACACCAGCGCCAGCAGUACUCAGAAGAAUGAGUUCGCCCGCGCCAGCAAUGAAGAAUACCCCAGAUAUGAGAACACCAGAGAGUACCAACCAUACGAAGCGGACGAAAAGACAAACGAAUUUGCCCGAGUCAGCAAUGAGGACUAUCCCCGAUACGAGAACAACAGAGAGUAUCAGAAAUAUGGGACAGACGAGAAAAUUCCUCUUUGCGGACGAAACGAAUUCUCAAGAUGCAAGAGCGAGGAGUAUCCCAAGUAUCCCAACAACAAAGAAUACCAGAAAUACUCCGAGGACGAGAAACGCCCGAAGUCCGAGAAGAGCGAGUUCGAGCAUUGCCAGAACGAAGAAUAUCCGAAAUAUCCCAGCGACGAGGAAUACCAGAAAUACCCCGUGGACGAGAAACGCCUGAGAUUCGAGAAGAACGAGUUCGAGAACUGCAAGAAAGGGCAGUAUCCGAAAUACGAGAACGACAAAGAAUAUCAGAAGUACGAGGUUGACGAGAGACCUCCUCUCUGUGGACGAAGCAAGAGCCAGGAAUACUCGAGAUACCACAGCACCAAAGAGUAUCAGAAAUCCAGCAAGGAUGAGAAGUCGCCGAAAUCUUCUCCGAGAUCUUCGAAGGAUGAAUUCGAGAAGUGCAGGACCGACGAUUACCCCAAGUACAAGGAGAACAAGGAAUACCAGAAGUAUGACGAAGAAGAGGCGUCGGACAGAUGGAUGAGCGACGACGGCAUGGACAACGCUUCUACCAUCGCGUCAGUUGCCUACCUCGACGAAGACGAGGAAGAAGGAGAGGCAUCUGAUCGGAAGCCAAGGUAUCAUUCUCGUCGACACAGGUCUCCCCGAUACAGUACGACAUCUUUCGUCUCGAGCCUUGCUCCCUCCGAGAGUGUUUUCUCCUCCACCCACGGUUCCCACAAGGGAUACCGUAAGAAGCGCAGACACCGCAGACGCAACCACAGCCGGACUCGGUCGAAAGCCUGA